AUGGCAUUGGAGGAGGGAGACCUGACCAGGACCGUGGCGCUGCAGGAGAUGGCCGAGGUGUGGGGCAGCACCAAUCCCAUGGCGAAGGCCAAGGAGUCCGAGAACUCCAAGAGGCCCUCGCCUCUACAGGAGGAAGCCGAGCCCUCGGAGCGCCGAGAAAAGUGGAACAAGCCGGCAUACGGUCGCCCAGGCAAAGGUCAAUCAUGGGGUGGAUGGAACAAGUGGGACAGCCAGGGCUCGCAGGCCGAAGCGGGCACCAUGGACCAGGCCACCCUUCACCUGCUGCGAACCCUGGUCAAGACAACGAUGAGGCUGGACGAAGAUGUCAGCAGACUCCGGGCAGACUGCAAUUUUAUGCUCUUCAUCGACACGGUGACGGAGACGAACACCCUUCAGAAGCUGCGAGCCGUGGCACAGCAGUGGCAAGACUCCUUCACUGCAGGCAAAGAGGCAGUGGAGUCGGUGCAGCAAGACGAUGCGAUCAAGGAUCGUCUUCUACGAGUCGGGUGGAUCGAAGAUGGCAUCAACGCCCUUCUCCCAGCUUGGCAUUAUUACCGUUGGGAUCCACAAGCACAACGCCAGGACCGGCUGCUUCGUUGCCUGGACACCCUGGAGAAAGGCUGCUGCGUGCCCAACACCCUCCUCCGCUUCAGGUCCACUCACAAGCCGGGGCAGGAGACUCAGGCGGACGUACUUCCGUUCAUGUUGUCGAUCAGCCUUCGCGGCUCGGUGGCGACGGAGUGCCACGAAGCACUAUGCACCGUGGCGUACAGCGGCGCCUUGAAGGUGCUUGGGCUGCGGCUGCGCACCGAAAGGGCGCAACAGUCACAGAUGGCCCGCGAACUGGGCGAAGCAUAUUUGAGUGUUCCACUCACAGACUGGAGUCGUCGCCGGGCACAAUGGACUCCGGCUCAGCAACAGCCGAAGCCACCCGCGAGCUCCAUGGAGACCUGA